AUGGGUUCCAUUCCAGAAGCUAGUAAACCUCAUGUUGUUUGUAUCCCAUACCCACUUCAAGGCCACAUAAACCCAAUGCUUAAGUUAGCCAAACUCCUCCACCAUAAAGGCUUUUAUGUGACUUUUGUAAACACAGAGUACAACCACAAACGCUUACUCAGGUCCAGAGGCCCCAACUCCCUUGACGGCUUGCCAGACUUUCACUUCGAAACCAUUCCCGAUGGCCUCCCACCAUCGGACGCAGAUGUUAGCCAAGAUAUCCCAUCUCUUUCUGUUUCCAUCUCAAAGAAUGGCCUACUCCCACUUUGCAACCUCAUUUCCAAGCUCAACAACACUUCGUCUUGGGAAAGGCCACCUGUGACCUCAAUUAUCUCCGAUGGUUGCAUGUCCUUCACUCUUGACGCUGCUGAGAAAUUUGGAAUUCCAAAUGUGCUUUUCUGGACACCUAGCUCGUGCGGCUUCUUGGGUUAUAUGCAUUAUCGCCAUCUAGUUGAACGAGGUUUAACACCCCUUAAAGAUGUGAGCCAUCUAACAAAUGGAUACUUGGAAACCAAAAUAGAUUGGAUUCCUGGGAUGAAAAAUAUUUGCCUUAAAGAUCUUCCAAGUUUCAUUAGAACUACAGAUCAGGACGAUGUUAGUCUUAACUACCUUAUAUGCCAAACAGAGAGAGCUUCAAGAGCUUCAGGUAUCAUUUUAAACACAUUCGACACCUUUGAACAAGAUGCGUUGGAUGCUCUAUCCUCCAUGCUUCCUCGUAUAUAUACUAUUGGACCACUUGUGUUGCUUGCUAAUCAGAUUAAGGAUGAAAAUUUGAAAUCAAUAGAUUCCAAUCUAUGGAAAGAACAACCGGGUUGUGUGGAAUGGUUAAAUUCAAAAAAACCCAACUCUGUAGUGUAUGUUAAUUUUGGUAGCAUAACUAUUAUGACGCCUCAACAGCUCAUUGAGUUUGCUUGGGGGUUAGCAAAUAGUGAAAAGUCAUUCUUGUGGAUUAUAAGACCAGAUCUUGUGGUAGGUGAUUCAGCUACUCUUCCUCCUGAAUUUGUAACCAAAACGAAGGAUAGAGCCAUGUUAGCAACUUGGUGUGCUCAAGAACAAAUCCUGAAGCACCCAUCAAUUGGAGGUUUUAUAACACAUAGUGGGUGGAAUUCUACACUUGAAAGUGUGUGUGGUGAAGUGCCAAUAAUCUCUUGGCCUUUCUUUGCUGAGCAACACACAAAUUGUCGGUACAGUUGUACUGAGUGGGGCAUUGGAAUGGAGAUUGAUAAUAACGUUCAAAGAGAUGUAGUAGAAAAACUUGUGAGAGAGUUAAUGGAUGGUGAAAGGGGUAAAGAAAUGAAGAAGAAUGUAAUAGAGUUGAAGACCAAGGCUGAGGAGGCUACAAAACCUGGCGGUUCUUCGUACAAAAAUAUGGAGAAAUUGAUUGCUGAAGUUCUCCAAUCACCCAUUAACAUAGGUUUGGCCCAAUCAACUUAG